CACGCGGGUUUUAUACCCAUUUUAAUUGUUCAUCAAGCCUAAGUACGGUAUGAUUAACUUUGGGAUUUGAAAAUCGGAAAAACAGUUUUCAGAAUGAAAUAUUUCACAUUGUAAUCCCAACAAAUUAAAAUUUGUGACAAGGUCACACCUUCCGUUCAAGCGUGACCGUCUAUCUCGCGGAAAAAGUAAACAAAAGUCAUUCCCAGAAUUGAUGUCAUGUAAAAGCGUAAUAGCGUCGCUGGUAAGCAUAACAUUAGGGAAUAAGCUUUCAAUUCAGUGAAGAAUAGUUUAUGGUAUGGCGGAACGGUCGAGUCAGAAGGUUUACCUUUUUAACUGUGAUAAGACUUACAACCUGGAUGUCGUGGAAAAGUUCUUACUCGAAGUGGACGAGAAACAUGGUCUCGAUAUUUCGAUAGAAAAGCUCAAUUUUCGCCUGAACAGCAUGGCGGAGAUUUGUGAAAACAUCAUUCCUCAGCUACAGAUGGACAUUGCCACAUUUGUCGUUCAUGCUCACGAAUCUCGGCUCUCAAUCAACGAAGAAAACGCCGGUAUUGGCUACGCAAAGAUCUACAGAGCGUUACUGGAGGUCACAGGGGACAGAGUCUUAAUAGUGAUUGGUGGAGACGAUGAAUACAGAGAUGAAGACGAAGAAAAACGUACUGUGAUCUCGCGUUGGGCUCGAGGGAAAGUGGGUUCACAGUUCAAUGAGGAAUACCUUGACGGACGAAAAAGUUUCAUCUUUUCUUGGAACAAACAACACCGAGAGAUCCACGAAAAAGCGCUGCUGCAUUACUUUGAUCCAAGCAAGAAAGGACAGAAAUUUGAUCAACCAAAACCAGAGCCAGUGCCCUUACCAAUACGCGUACGUGAACAACCUGACGUCACUCCGCAUGUACCGGCAGCGGGAGGUACUCAACAAGAGUUCUUUGGACAGACAAAAGGGCUGAGGAGUCAGUUGGGAGAAGCUAGUUAUGGAACUAUUACCGAUUACCCGGCGGGCACAGUGCUGUUGGAGACGAGCAUGCGUUAUGGAGAGAUCUCCUACCAAGCGCCAGACGUUGUGAAGCGGGUGGAUGAAUGGCAGCCACCGGAUAACUACAAGGCAGACCUAAAGGAACAACACGGGUUAACUCCUGAGGCUAAAGUGAAGUUUGUCAGUAAAGGCAGCGGCACGAUUAGCUAUAGUUGUGUUAUCACUAAGGAGAAACCUUCGCGGUGGCGCAGGUGCUUCAGCUGUGGCGUGAUAUGUGGUGAAGUAUGACGAAUUGUGUGGGAGGGGCCAACUCGUUGUGUGAGAGCCACUUAGGCGUAGAUUUUUGACUGUAUAGUGCGGGUGUUAAAUUGCAAAGCACCAAAACAAAUAAAAAGGAACGUGAGCACAAAAUAAAUAGGAUAAUAAAUUAAUAGAUAGGUAGGUAAAGUCUGUGUACGAGCCUAGUGGCCUAUCAGGCCGGAGCUUAUCCCGGUUUCC